AUGAGCACUGGGGGAGGCCAGCGCAAUGCGCUCGUUGGUGCUUGCAACGACCACAAGUACGCAAAUGUGGAGGCAUUGCGGAAGUUAGUGUUGCUGGAUUGCCGCUAUGCAUGGGUUGAUCUGCCCUUUUCUACACCUUCAGGGCGCCACCAGAUGCUUGCUCGCCAGCGCGGCGCCACCGGCGGCCCAAGUACACCAGAGAACGCGGACUUAGUGGCAUUGUUGAGCUCUGACAGCAUCCCGCAGUAUAUAUGGCCAGCUGCCUAUCCCAUGUGCGAGUGGGUCAAUUCUCACAGCGACAUGUUUCAAGGCAAAUGUGUGCUGGAACUCGGGUGUGGGGCUGGCGUUCUCGGGUUCACGGUCGCGCAGCAUGCCAGACAGGUGGUGCUGACUGAUUGCUCGCCCGUCUCCCUCGCCCUCGUGCUUGAGUCGGUCGCGCGAAACGGCUACUGCAAUUGUGACGUGGCUGUCCUGCAGUGGGGAAGGGACGAUCAGCUGGCGCAGAUAAAGCUGGAGUGCGGCGUGGACUCUUUUGACAUUGUCAUAGGUAGCGACGUUUUCUACUUCAGCAGCACUCUCAAAGCCGGGCUUGCAACGGCACGCAGCGCUCUCAUGCCACGGCACGACAAUGAUACGGUGUUUCUCUGCGGCAGUGUCGCGCGCUCUGACCGAAUGGAGGCUGAUCUCGAGGAAAUGCCAGUAGAGGAAGGGUUUGUCCUUGCUGAUUCAAUCGUGAUAGACCCGUUUCGGCUCUACGUUUGGAAGCUGUCCUCCUCACAGUAG